AUGCGUACAUCAACCUUCAUCAGAGCGGCCGUGGUGCUGGCCAGCAGUUACUCAGUUGACGCCGAUGUGACGACCACAAUUGACCCAAAAUCGAACUGGGGUACUUGGGAAGGCUGGGGAACGUCGUUGGCAUGGUGGGCGCAGCAAUUUGGCACCAGAGACGAUCUUGCGGAUAUCUUCUUUACGCUGAAGCAGACCAAGUUCAACGGCGAGACUCUUCCGGGUCUUGGCUUCAACAUCGUACGCUACAAUGCCGGCGCCUGUAGUUGGAACACCAUCGAUGGGGAGAAGAUGGUGGUGUCUCCAAACGUAAAAAGGUCGAGGCAGAUGGAAGGCUACUGGUUGGACUGGAAGAGCAGCGACCCUGCUUCUUCUAGCUGGAAUUGGACGGUUGAUGUCAACCAGCGAGCAGCACUCCAGAAAGCGAUCGCACGUGGAGCAGACAAAACAGAGUUGUUCUCAAACGCACCGAUGUGGUGGAUGACCAAGAACCACAAUCCUUCGGGCGCAAGUGACGGAAGCGAAAACAUCCAAUCGUGGAACUUGGAGCAGCAUGCAGUCUAUAUGGCAACGGUCGCAAAGCAUUUCAAGGAUAACUGGGGAGUCGAAUUCGAAACUGUCGACCCUUUCAACGAGCCGAGUGCGAACUGGUGGAAGGCCGACGGCACCCAAGAAGGAUGCCACGUUGAUGUGUCCACCCAAGCCAAGAUCGUCGGUUAUCUCGACACGCAGCUCUCGAAUCGUGGGCUCUCAACAAAGAUCGCCGCCUCAGAUGAGUCGUACUACGAUCAAGCUGCCACCACGUUGAAGACAAUCGGCAGUAGCGCACUCAGCAAGAUCGACCGGAUCAAUGUUCAUGGCUACCAGUACGGAAGCGGCGACCGCGCCGGUGUUCACACACUGGCUACACAGGCCGGGAAAUCCCUCUGGAACAGCGAAUACGGUGAUGGCGUGGCUUCUGGCGAGAACCUUGCCAAGUACCUCUUCCAGGAUCUUCGCCAGCUGAAGCCUACGGCGUGGGAGUACUGGCAAGUCCUCGACCAGGGAGGCUGGGGCCUCAUCGACGCGGACAAUGAUGCGAAAACGCUGGGCAAAUCGACACAAAAGUACUACGUGCUUGCGCAGUUCGCCCGGCACAUGCGCCCGGGUAUGAAAAUUCUCGAUGGUGGCCGAGACAACGUUGUUGCUGCCUACGAUGCUAGCAAGUCGUUGUUGGUCAUCGUGGCCGUGAACUGGGACGCUGCACAGUAUAUAAACUUUGAGCUGUCAGGGUUCUCGGGGCGUCCUUCGUCCGGCGCAACUGUCUCGAGGUGGAGCACCCAGAUUGGAAGCGGUGAUCGUUAUGUGCAGCAUCUCGAUACCACGAUCAGCGGCACAAAGUUCUGGUCGAAGUUCGAGAAGAACAUGGUGCAGACUUUCGAAGUAACGGGGAUCAAGUUGUAG